AUGAAGCGCAUCUUUGGAACGGCAAAGAAGGAACCACCACCAGAUCUCAACAGCGCAAUCGCUAAUAUAGAAUCACGAGGUGAAAGCAUUGAAAAAAAGAUACAGAGGUUGGAUGGUGAAUUAGUGAAACUGCGAGACCAAAUGGCUAAGAUGCGGGAAGGGCCUAGCAAGAAUAUGGUCAAGCAGAAGGCUUUG